AUGUCCUCCACUCCGGUGUUGCAACGGCGCAACCGCCAGACCACCCCGCCCACUUCCAGCGGCGGUGGCCCCCUUUCGGCGCCGAGCAAUAUCCCAGCCGACGCACGUAUCGACGCACGAGACAUUUUGGCAUCAUCACCAGCGGACCCCAGCCGUCCCGAGGCGGACGCAGACGCAAAGCUCCGUCUCAAGGAUGAGGGACCUGUCGUCGCCACGGCGUUUGGUGGUCGGCGCGGCCAAGGUCGCGCAGGCGCGAUCGGAGGCCUGCGCCGUCGCGAGUGGAUCAUGCUCGCUGUAGUGUGCUGUAUUGCCUCGUUUGUGCGCUUGUGGAACCUCGCAUACCCGGACUCGGUCGUUUUCGACGAGGUCCACUUUGGCGGCUUUGCAGCAAAGUACCUUCGUCGCAAGUACUUUAUGGACGUGCACCCUCCUCUCGCCAAGCUCCUUGUGACGCUUAGUGCGUGGAUCGGCCGGUUCGACGGACAGUUCGACUUCAAGGACAUUGGCAAGGACUACAUCGAGCCUGGUGUGCCCUACAUUGUCAUGAGGGCGUUCCCUGCGAUCCUCGGUCUUGCUCUUGUCCCCCUCACCUUCCUCACCCUCAUUGCUCUCCGUCUCUCGCUUGCGACUGCUCUGCUUGGCGCCGUUCUCAUCACCUUUGAGAAUGCCCUCAUUACCCAGUCGCGUCUCAUUCUUCUCGACUCGUACCUCGUCUUCUUCACCGCUCUCACCAUUUACUGGUGGAUCCGGUUCUCGAACGACGACUCGGAGGGUCGCGCUUUCACCAAGCAGUGGUGGCGCAACCUUGCCUUCUCUGGCGCUGCCCUCGGCUGUGUCGCGUCGUGCAAGUGGGUCGGCCUCUUCACCAUUGCCACUGUUGGUCUCGGCACUAUCCGCCAGCUCUGGCUCCUCCUCGGCAACCUCAAGGUCACCCCCCGCAUGUGGGCCAAGCACUUUGCUGCCCGUACCCUGUGUCUCAUUGUCCUCCCGGCCACCAUCUACAUGAUGACCUUUGGCAUCCACUUUUGGAUCCUCAACAUGUCGGGUGACGGCGACGGAUUCAUGUCGUCCGACUUCCAGCACACUCUCCAGGGCCACGGCAUGGACGACACGUUUGCCGACGUCGGCUACGGUUCGAGCAUCUCUAUCCGCCAUGUCCACACCCAGGGCGGCUACCUUCACUCGCACCCGCACGCAUACCCCGGUGGUUCGCAGCAGCAGCAGAUCACCCUCUACCCCCACCGCGACGACAACAAUGUCUGGCGUAUUGUCAACGCGUCCGCUCCCGACGGUGCCGUCUCGUACCCUUGGGACGACCUCCCGCUGGAGUAUGUCCUCACUGGCAGCAAGAUUCGUCUCGAGCACAUUUCCAGCGGCAAGCGUCUACACUCACACGACGUUCGCCCUCCCGUCUCCGAGGUCGAAUUCCAGAACGAAGUCUCAGGCUAUGGCUUUGACGGCUUUGCCGGUGACGCCAACGACGACUUUAUCGUCGAGAUUGUCAAGGAAACUCGUGGCCGCAGGGACAAGCAGGCCCGUCACCGUCUUCGUACUCUGCGCUCCCAGUUCCGUCUCCGCCACGCCAUGACUGGCUGCUACCUCUUCUCGCACAAGGUCAAGCUCCCCGAGUGGGGCUUUGAGCAGCAGGAGGUUACUUGCAACAAGAACCCUACAUACGAGAACUCGCUCUGGUACAUUGAGACCAACAAGCACGCUCAGCUCGAGCCCGAUGCCGAGCAGCUCAACUACGAGCGCCCCUCGUUCUUUGACAAGUUCCUCGAACUCCAGGGCGUCAUGUGGCGCACCAACGCCGGUCUGACUGACCGCCACGCCUACGACUCGCGUCCCCAGCACUGGCCCUGGCUCCGUCGUGGCAUCAACUUCUGGGUCAAGGACCACAAGCAGGUGUACCUCAUCGGCAACCCCUUCGUCUGGUGGGGCUCGUCGCUUGCCGUUGCCACCUACCUUGCCUUCCGCGGACUUCUCGUCAUCCGUGCCAAGCGCGGCUACCGCGACCUCCAGCAGCCCAAGAUUGCCUUUUACGACGAAGUGUGCGCAUUCCUCGUCAUGGGCUGGGCGCUGCACUACCUCCCCUUCUUCCUGAUGCAGCGUCAGCUCUUCCUGCACCACUACCUCCCGGCCCUGUGGUUUGCCGUGCUCGUCUUCUGCACGCUGUUCGACUAUGCCACCUCGCGCAUCCGUCCUCGCCAGCGUUUCCAGAUUGCCGUCGCGCUCGCCAUCCUCGCCAUCUGGUCGUUCAACUACUUUAGCCCGCUCGCCUAUGCCAAGCCAUGGACCAAGACGCAGUGCAACGACGCCAAGUGGCUCAAGACAUGGGACUUCUCCUGCGCCGACUUCCACGACUCGAUCCCGCAGUACUAUGCCCAGAGCGCCAUCUCGCAGCCCGCCGCCAAGGUGUACGUCGACACCCAGUCAACGCGGAUCGUCGACGAGGCGCCCGAGCCCAUCAAGAAUGUCUUUGAGGGCGGCGACGAGGCGGCCCAGGAGGCCAAGACGGUGGGCGGCAUCGGCCCCGACAACGAGGUCAAGAUGCAGGAGUCGACAAAGGUCGUCGCGCAGCCCGAGGCCGCCAAGUCGGAUGCGCCCAAGCAGGCCGACGACCGCGCCCCCGUCGGUCUCGACGCCGGCGCGCUCGAGGUCACGGGCGCGGGCCAUGACGAGGGCGGCUGGCACGGCGGCGCCAACGACGACGUGCCCAAGGAGGCCCCGCCCAGCAACAAGAACAAGGCGCCCGUCGACGCCGAGCCCGUCGCUGUGCCCGAGAUGGACCUUGAUGCCGAGCAGCAGCAGCUGGCAGAGGAGGCGAUGGCCGAGGACGCCCUCGAGGAUAACUAG